AUGCCUGAAACUGCUGAAAAUAAACACUUGAAUAUUGAAGAUGAUUUCGGUAAAGAACGACGAUCAAGUAGUUCAGCUUCUGAAGGUCGUGCAACAAUGGUUACAUAUUGGAAACGUAAUUCUAAUCCAAAUCUUGAGAAUAUGAUGCUUGAUACAAAUGCGGAUAAAAUCAAUCGAUUUGAACAUCCAGAAAUACUUGAAUGUUUACCUGAUCUUGAUGGUAAACGUGUCCUUGAAUUAGGUGCUGGUAUUGGACGUUUUACAAAAAAAUUUGCUCAAUUAGCUAAAUCAGUUGUCGCAGUAGAUUUUAUGGAAAGUUUUAUAGAAAAAAAUAGACAAGAGAACAGUCAUUUUGGUACAGUAGAAUUUUUACAAAAAGAUGCAACAUUAUUAACAUUUGAACCAAAUAGCUUUGAUGUUGUCUUUAGCAAUUGGCUUUUUAUGUAUCUUUCUGAUGAAGAAACUGAACAACUUUUACAAAAAAGUCUUUCAUGGCUUGCACCAGGCGGAACAUUAUUUUUCCGUGAAUCAUGUUUUCAUUCUUCAGGAAAUAUCAAAUCAGGUGAAAAUCCAACCCAUUAUCGUUCACCAAGACAAUAUAUUGAUAUGUGUCAAUCACGUAUAUUAAGUAGUAGUCCUGAACAAGUUUUUGAACUUGUUUUUGCUAAAGCAUUAGAAUCAUAUUAUGAAAUAAAACAAAAUAAUAAUCAAGUAUGUUUUUUAUUUACAAAAACUAAUCUACGAAAUCACAAUGGUUAUAAAACCUUACAAGAUUUUCUUGAUCAUUCUGAAUAUGCUGAAAAAAGUAUUCAAAAAUAUGAAUCCGUACGUGGAGAAGGUUAUGUUACUAUUGGUGGUAGUAAAUUAACAGGAGAACUUGUUGAACGACUUAAUCUAACAAAAUCUCAACGUUUAUUAAAUUUUGGUUGUGCAACUGGUGGAAGUUCAUUUCAAAUUGCUAAGGAUUAUGGUUGUGAAAUUGUUGGUGUAGAUAUUUCGGCAAAUAUGAUCGGCAUGGCAUGGGAUCGAGCAUUAUUACAUAAAGGUGAUAGAAUUCGUUUUGAAGUUGGUGAUGGUACAAAAAUGAGAUUUUUACCAUCAAAAUUUGAUGCUAUCUACAGUCGUGAUGUUAUUUUUCAUGUUUCGGAUAAGCCAGCUUUAUUGAAUAAUUUUUAUACAUGGCUUAAAAAUGAUGGUCGUCUAUUAGUUACUGAUUUUUGUUGUGGUACAACACCAUUUUCUCAAGAUCUUAUGGAUUAUGCACGAUCUGGCAUGUAUACUCUUACAUCUAUGCAAGAAUAUGCUGAACUUCUUGAAAAAUGUGGUUUUGUUCAAGUACAUGCUGAAGAUCGUUCUGAUUUAUAUCAACAAUAUUGUCUACAAGAAAUUGAAGUUGCUGAACAAAAUCGAGCAAAUGCAAAUUCUGAACUAAGUCGUCAUGAAUUAGAUGAAUGUGUUCGACAAUGGAAAUUAAAAUAUUCUUUAACAAAUUCUGGUCAACGUUGUUGGUGUGUUUUUGAAGCAGUCAAACGAACAAUAUCAUGCCGUGAAGAUGAUACUAAUGAACAAUAA